AUGACUAGUUUGGAUGAUAGUAUCAUAUCUCAACAGAACAUGAUGCUUUUGGAUAACGUAACAAAUUAUAAGAAAACUUCACUAGAUUACUUCCACUAUAGUUUUAAUGAAGAUUCGAUGGAGCUACCUUUAAGUUGGUCCCUUUUAUUGAAGAUGAGAAAACAUAAAUUAUUACGUUUACCAAGUUGUUCAAUAGAAGAUGAUUCUGACUACAUGAUUUAUAUUGAAAGGUUGCAUCAUAUACUUUGGAGGCGUUGGUCUUCAAAGUUAUUUCAUUUAGAUGAUCUAAAAUUAGAUCCAUUAGAAAUUAAUUGGAAAAAGGAAACUGAUGUUACCGUAUUAUAUGGUCCAGAUCUAAUUUGUCACGAUGAAAUUUCAUGUCCUCUUUACGAUAUUCAAUAUAAUUAUAAACAAUCAACUGCAAAACAGGAUGUGCCUUUCAUGGAUACUGAUGAAUCAGAUUUCAAUUACUCUUCAUCGGUAGAUUCUAGUACUUCUUCAAUAUUCGAUAAUAGUAAUAGUAAUACAUCACCACCAAAGAUUAAAAAAUGUUUAAAAUUUAAUGAUAGAGUCGACAGAAGAGACAUUAAUCUAUAUGGCGAAUUCAUCGAGUCAAGUAUAAAAAUUAAUGAUAGGAAACAUAGACAUCAUAGGCACCGCCAUCAAAGGCAUUCUUCCUCAAAUCAAGAUAAAUCUGCUCAUAUUCUUACUGAUGAUGAAAUUAAUAAAUUAAGAAAUGGUAACAAUUACGUACUCUUGAAAUAA